AUGUUGUUCACCAUCAAUAGAAGUAAUGACUGUCCUUUCAAGAGGUCCUUCAACAAGCUCAUGAAUAAAUACAAGCUUAUUGAUCAACGACAAGUCAAGAGAUUAUCCAAUGGCACCGAUGAUUACAGUGUCGCAACAGAAGAAUCUUCUUCCACAGGAGACUUUACUACAGGAUCCUCACAGCUCCUAAACGUGUGCGAAGAGGACUGCAUGGUAGGACUUCGACAAUAUGUUGCCAAAGAGGGAAUUCAAAUGUCAGAACAACGUCUCUUCCGCUUUGCCAACUUUCACAAUUUUGACCUUGAAAAGGCCAAGGAUGCUGUGGAUGAGAAUAGAGACAAUGCCUUUUUGGAUCUCGAGAUGCAUGGUGAACUGAGAGGACAAUUCAUCAACAAGAUGCUCUUUCCUCUGACUGGCCUACGAACCAAGAAGCACAACUCACAAGUCAUUUACGCUCAGCCAAGCCAAAACAAUCCCGAAGAUGAUAAUAUGACCACAGUCCUACAAAGCUUGUGCUAUGUUAUGAAUGACUUUAGCCAAACGGAACAGCAAUGCCGGGAUGGUGUUGCUAUUGUCGCAAACCUACAAGGUUUCACGCAUGAGCACUUUGAUGAAUUGGAGUGGCGCCAAUUCAUGCUGGCCCUUCAGGGCACUUUGGUUCCCACCAAGGUUACCAGCAUCUUGAUGGUGAAUCCACCAAGUUGGUUCAAGCAGGAUAUCUGGAAGAAGAUGCGAAGCUCCAUGCCCUUUCAGAUGCGAAGAAAUGUCCACAUUAUCUACUCCACUGAUAAACUGGGCGAUUAUCUAAUGGAAGAUUACCGAGCCUACCUUCCACACGAAGUCGCUCAUGGUUACCGCAGUGGCUCGGAAAUUAUUGAGGAUUACAUCGAUCUGAAAUCGUAUGAAGAUGGCCAAAAGAGAGCUGCAGCAACAUUGAUGGUAUGA